AUGACAUUCUCUAUAAUUGGAGGAUUUCAAUCGAAGAGCAAAAUGCGUAAUACUACUUCUUGUGAUGGUGUUUGUCUGAAUGGUGGAACUUGUCAGAUGGAAAUUUUCGGACCAACGUGUUAUUGUAAACCUGGGUUCGUAGGAGUACAUUGUGAAAUAGACAUAGGAUGGGCUCCCUGUUCCAAUCACACCUGUCAGAAUAAUGGCACAUGCAUCGGACCAGCAGACUUUCCAAUGUGUCUUUGCGCUCCUGGUUAUAGUGGAGAGUACUGUCAGAACCGAACUAACGGAACAUCUUGUGACCUGACUUGCUAUAAUGGUGGUACCUGCCAAAAUAGUGUCUUCGGUCCAACUUGUAUCUGCCCAACAGGUUUCUUUGGUCCUCAGUGUGGGCAUGGAUGGCCGGCUCCUUGUUCCAAUCAUACUUGUCAGAAUAAUGGCACAUGCAUCGCACCAGCAGACUUCCCAAUUAUGUGUCUUUGUCCUCCAGGUUUUAGUGGAGAGUAUUGUCAGGAUCGAACCAACGGGACGUCAUGUGACGUCUGCUACAAUGGGGGCACCUGUCAUCAGGGCAUCUUUGGUCCCAUCUGUUCCUGCCGACCAGGAUUCAAUGGCCGACAUUGUGAACAUGGAUCCAACACAACAACUUGUGAUGUUUACUGUUUCAAUGGCGGAACUUGUCACAUUCUGUCCACUGGUCCAACCUGUUUCUGUAGACCUGGAUAUUUUGGAGAACGGUGUCUUUAUUCUCGAGAUCCUUGCGACAAUUUCUAUUGUCACAAUGGCGGUAGCUGCUCUGCACCCGCGGACUAUCCGACGUGUAUCUGCCCAUUAGGAUUUAGAGGAGUGUAUUGUGAGGAAGCGCUGAAUAAGACAUCUUGUGCCGACUUGCCCUGCUUCAAUGGUGGUACUUGCCACAUGGAUUUCUUUGGUCCAACAUGUGACUGCCCAUCAGAUUUUUACGGAUGGCAAUGCGAACGUGAUAUUUAUGGUGAUCGAUGUGACACAAACGUGUGUCAAAACGGUGGCACCUGCCUGUCGUUUGAAGGUUUUUUGAACUUCUGCAUAUGUGCUCCUGGAUUCUAUGGUCUGCAUUGUGAAAACGGUAAUACUACUUCUUGUGAUGGUGUUUGUCUGAAUGGUGGAACUUGUCAGAUGGAAUAUUUCGGACCAACGUGUUAUUGUAAACCUGGGUUCGUAGGAAUACAUUGUGAAAUAGACAUAGGAUGGGCUCCCUGUUCCAAUCACACCUGUCAGAAUAAUGGCACAUGCAUCGCACCAGCAGACUUCCCAAUAUGUCUUUGCGCUCCUGGUUUUAGUGGAGAGUAUUGUCAGAAUCGAACCAACGGAACAUCAUGUGAUCUUACCUGCUACAAUGGUGGCACUUGUCAUAAGGGCAACUUUGGUCCAACGUGUGUCUGUCCACCCGGUUUCUAUGGCCGACAUUGUGAACAUGGAACCAACGGAACAUCCUGUGAUCUUACCUGCUACAAUGGUGGCACUUGCCAUGAGGGCAUCUUUGGUCCAACGUGUGUCUGUCCACCCGGUUUCUAUGGCCGACAUUGUGAACAUGGAUGGGCUCCCUGUUCCAAUCACACCUGUCAGAAUAAUGGUACAUGCAUCAGACCAGCAGACUUUCCAAUAUGUCUUUGCGCUCCUGGUUUUAGUGGAGAGUACUGUCAGAACCACAUAAUAUCUGACCCCUGUUUUGAUCGGAACUGCUUUAAUGGUGGAUCUUGCAACGCAGUCGAUGAUUUACCAAUUUGUAUCUGUGAGAAGGGCUACUCCGGUGACUUCUGCCAAGAAGCCGAUAAUGCAUGUGCCUCUGGUCCAUGUAUGAACGGAGGACUGUGCAGGGAUUCGAACCCUAACACCUUCGAAUGUUACUGCCCUACUGACUUCUCAGGCCCUCGGUGUGAAAUCGCGGUUGGUCGACCCAAUGGCGUCCUCUCCAACACAGCAAAGAUUGCUAUCGGAACAAGCUCUGGCGUGGUCAUUCUCGUCAUCAUUGUGGUGAUCGUUGUCAUCGCCAUGUUCUUCAGUCGCGCAGGCUUGUCCGGGAAUAUGUUAAAAUCGGGCGUCCCUUCUGAGAGCAAGAAACACCUCGACGAUUCGAUCCCAGAAAAGGUCCCGUAUGAAGAAGAGCGAUACCAGGUGGUAUAGAAACGACUUGAGUGAGCUGAUUAUUCGCAAAUUUUUUCCAUCAACAUGAUACCAAUGUAGAUGCACAGAUGUGACCGAUGACUGUGACCUUUCUCAACUUGAUUCCUAGUCAUCCAUUUUACAAAUGUCAGUCUUAUAUUUUUUCUUAGCUUUAAGUGUAUGGCAGGACCUGCAUGAUAGCAAAAGAGAAACAAAUCAUUUUAGUUCUUUGUACUACAUGUAUAAAAAUAUUGAUUUUUGACUUUGAUUCCAUUUGUGUUUUUUUUCAAUAUCUUUACCACAUUUAGAUACUGGGUACUGCUUAUUUCCCAUGCUUAUUAUGAAUUUUGUAUGAUUUUGGUUCCUUUUUUAAAUCUAAAAUGCAUUUUUUAAUCUCUUAACGUCCUGCGUUCUUACCAUGAUUUUUUAAUGCUAACGUGAUUAAUUAUUUAUAAUUUCAAAGGAAAUGGAAAUUGAAGGUCAUUGGAAUAGAUGUAAUGCACAGUAGAAAAUAGAUAUUGGAUAGUUUGAUUUCAUGAUUCAAAUAACUUUUUAGUGUAAUAUGGCUCAAUAAUAUGCAAUCUGAUUAUAUAUUCUUUAAGCAUUAAUUAGGCAAUUAUUUUAUUACAAUGUAAUUGAUAAAACUCAUAUGUGGUGCAUUCCAUUUACAGUUUGUGUACUCCACGUGUAUUAUCCCGGCUUCACUGAAGCGUAGCCACCAGUGAGGCAUUGCAUCUUGUGUCAUUUUUUUUUUAUUUAUAUUUGUAUUAUGUUUAGAAAUGCAAUCAUUUUGCCUUACCCAUUACUUUUAUUCGUGUUGACUAAAAUAUUACAUAUCACUGGACAUUGUAUACAACAUGCUUACUGAUUUGAUUAAUCAAUGUCAAUGAAGACUGAUUCUACUUUUAAUGAUGUAUGAACUUAUGAUCUAAUAAACGCGAUUAAAAAGGCUGAAGAUUUUCAAGCGCAGAA